GCCAGGCCCCGAGCGCGGGGAUGUGGUUCCCGCCCGGCUCCCGGGGCGCCCCCGCCCGGCCGGCCUCCCCGCUCGCCGCCCGCGGGGCGCCCAGGAGAAUAUGAAAGUAUUAUUCAGGCUUGUUUGUUUCAUAGCUCUACUGACUUCUCCUCUGGAGGCUGGUAAAUGUGAGGAACGUGAAGAGGAAGUUAUUUUAGUUUCGUCUGCACAUGAAAUUGAUGCUCGUUCAUGUCCUCUUAUCCUAAGUGAACACAAAGGCCCUAUAAUUUGGUAUAAAAAUGACGGGAAGACACCUGUAUCUACAGAAAGAGACUCCAGGAUUCAUCAGCACAAAGAUAAACUUUGGUUUGUGCCUGCUGAAGUAGAGGAUUCAGGAUAUUACUACUGUGCAGUGAGCAAUUCAACUUACUGCCUCAAAACUAAAAUAGAUGCAGAGUUUGUACAGCAUGAGCCUAACUUGUGUUACAAUUCACAAGCCGUAUUUACACAGAGACUACUGAUUCCAGGAGAUGGACAACUUGUAUGUCCUUACUUGGAUUUUUUCAAAGAUGAAAACAAUGAGUUACCCCCAAUACAGUGGUAUAAGGACUGCAAACCUCUACUUCUUGACAAUAUAAACUUCGUUGGAAUAACAAAUAAACUCAUCAUCACGAAUGUGACUACGGCACAUAAUGGGCACUAUACGUGUCAUGCAUCCUACACACACUUGGGAAAGCAGUACCAUGUCAGCCGGGCGAUAGAACUCAUUACUCUAGUGAAAUCCAGGAACAAGAGACCUGAGAUUGUGAGUCCAGCUAAUGAGACGAUAGAAGCGGUCUUGGGAUCCUGGCUCCAACUGACCUGCAAUGUUACCGGCCAGCUGAGUAACUUUGUCUACUGGAGGUGGAAUGGGUCAGCAAUUAAGGAAUAUGAGCCUGUGAUGAUGGAAGAGUUUACAUACGUGCAGAAUCCUUUAAACAAAAGAAGGAGUACAGUCAUCGCACGACUUAAUAUUACAGCAGUGGAAAGUAAAUUUUUUCUACAUCCAUUUAUCUGUUUAGCCAAGAAUACAGAAGGAAGGAGUACAGCAUAUAUCCAAUUAGUACAUCCAGUCCCUGAUUUCCAGACGCCCACAAUUGGUAUAUUUGUCAUGUUAACAUUGGUAAUUACAUGCUCUGUUUUCAUCUAUAAAGUCUUCAAGGUUGACAUUGUGCUUUGGUACAGAGAUUCUUUCUAUUAUUUUCUCCCAAAAAAAGCUUCAGAUGGAAAGACGUAUGAUGCAUACAUACUAUGUCCAAAGACCCCUGGGGAAGGGUCCACCUCUAACUCAGAUAUUUUUGUGUUUAAAGUCUUACCUGAGGUCUUGGAAAAACAGUGUGGAUAUAAGCUGUUCAUCAGUGGCCGAGAUGACUGCGUUGGGGAAAGCAUUGUUGAGGUUGCUAAUGAAACCAUAAAGAAAAGCAGAAGACUGAUUAUCAUUUUGGCCCAAGAAAUAUCAGGAUUCUGCUGGCUGGGGAAUUCAUCUGAAGAGCAGAUAGCCAUGUACAACGCUCUCAUUCAGGAAGGAAUUAAAGUUGUCCUGCUGGAGCUAGAGAAAAUCCCAGACUAUGAGAAAAUGCCAGAAUCCAUUAAAUUCAUUAAGCAGAAACAGGGGGCCAUACGCUGGUCAGGGGACAUUAGAGAAGGGUCGCAGUCUACAAACUCGAGGUUCUGGAAGAAGGUCAGGUACCACAUGCCAGUCCAGCGGCAGCCACCUUCAGCCAAGCACAAGCUGCUGUCCCCAGCCACUCAGCUGGACUCUAAGGAGAAACGGCCACUGGAGGUCCAUGUGCCCCUCGGGUAGCAGAGGAGCGUGGCCACAAGUUUCUUGGUGACUCCUGUCUUCAGGCAUUGCAGGCGGGGCUGGGCCUCACUGACUUGUACAGUCGUACCACACACCUGUGUAGUCCCUUAUCCCUGAGGUCACCUAGAAUUGGAUUGUUAAGGGAGCAGGAUGUGGUGACAGUUGCCCUGUGGCCAGGGCAACUCAGAGCAGAGGGCUUGGGAAGUCCUUUAACAAGGUAGCAGAUGCCCUGUCUGAGUGUUUGAACUGCUGAGAAAAGGCACUGAGGCAGCAAACGAGAGGAAUGAACAUGCAGGAAAUACCUUCUCUAGACAGCUUUAGGAAGUCACCCAGUCUGG